AUGAGCUCGAAUGUCUGGUGUGCAAUACGAACGCCCGGGCCCCGUGGACUUUCGAAAGUUCUAACAUCGCUCGCCGAAGUUCACGAAGCCCUUGAGCGAUAUCCACAAGGCGAGGCGAAAUGGUGUAAGUCAUUUGGCGAGGCCUGUGCUUGGUUGAGCGAACACCGGUCACCGAAAUCUCAAUCAAAGUGCGCAGAGCGUGACGAGCCAGAGUCUCCCCGCCAAUCACGGAUUCGUGCUACGUUUCCAUAUUCGGUCGGUAGUCCCUCGUCGUCAACCAGUAAGCCUCGCCGUAGACACGGGGAUAACGCAAACUCAAAACAGAUGAGAUCCUCCUCGUCCUCCUCCAUGCGAAUGCCGGGUGGAUUCCCAGCAGCUACAGGCGAUCCGGAGGGACUGGAAUGCAAUUAUGGUGAUACCAACCAGAGCGAACCGCCGGUGGACUUAGAGCUCAAGAGAGAUGAUUUCAACAUUACACCCCCGUCUACGCAAAGCACAACUCUUUCGUGUAGCUCCUCACCGUUAAAGGCACCUAAUUCAGACAAUCUAUCCGACUACUCGUAUCCUUCGCAGGGGUCCCCUAUCGAAGGAAAGUUGGAAUGCGGACGGCCAUUUGCACUCAAUCCCACGACUGCCUCUGAAUUUGGGUCUUCCCAACAGUCCCAGGCCACACACCAAUCUACUCCUCCGAAUGACAAAACCUUCCAGCCAGACCCCCCAUUAGCAGGCUCGGACCUUCAUACCGAGGCGGAAAUCAUAUUAUCUGAGGAACAAAAGCAUGUUUUGGACUUAGUCCUGCAAGGGAAGAGUGUGUUUUUUACCGGCUCGGCCGGAACCGGCAAGUCCGUCCUGUUACAAAACAUUAUCAAGACUCUGCAUGACAGAGAAACGGAAGGGGUCUACGUGACUGCAAGCACCGGGAUAGCUGCGAUUAACAUAAAAGGACAAACCCUCCAUGCUUUUGCAGGAGUUGGACUUGGCAACCAAUCACGCGGUACGCUCAUUUCACGAGCUUCGAAAACCAGAGGUGUGCCCGAACGAUGGAGGGAUGCGAAUAUUUUAAUCAUUGACGAAAUUUCAAUGGUAGCCGCUCAUUGGUUUGAUGACCUUGAAGCAAUUGCCAGAUCAGUUAGAGAAAGCAAGAAACCCUUUGGUGGAAUACAGCUCGUCAUUUGCGGUGACUUCUUUCAGCUCCCCCCAGUCCCCGAUUACAACGAGGCACAAACCGGACGUUAUACCGAUUUCGCGUUUCGAGCUGUUUCUUGGAAGCGAGCGGUUCCAAUAAUGGUCACUUUAAAACAAGUAUUCAGGCAGAAGCAACCCGAACUCAUUAACAUGCUGAACGACAUGCGCGUUGGGAAAUUAUCCGAGAGGACGAAUCGUUUAUUUCGGAGCCUUUCCCGACCGGUAGUCUAUCCUGAUGGUAUUUUACCAACCACAAUUAUGCCUUUACGACGACAGGUCCAACAAUCGAACCAAAUGCAGCUCGAUCAAUUGCCGGAGAACGCAAUUGCCUUUAAUGCCAAUGAUUCAUUCUUCCAAGAUUAUGAAGGCAAUCCCAUUCGACCAGCGUACGGAAAGACGCUACUGGACCGGUUUAUUUCACAUACUAUUGAACUUAAAACUGGGGCACAAGUGAUGUGCGUCAAGAACAUGCGUACUGCGGGUCUGGUGAACGGCUCUAUCGGAAGGAUAAUUGGCUUCAAGACGCCGUGGGAGGUCCGUAGGGGUUGGUCUGCUCGUAUCACAGACGGUGAUCUUUCAGACCCUACUCCGUCAGCUUGCCAGAGCUGUGGCCGACCGCAUACAAGAGUUUCGAGUCAGAAAGAGGCGAAAGCGUCCCAACAGAUAAACCUAGAAGCAUCAACUAGUAAUGCACAGUUGAAUGGACCCAGCAAUUCGACCCCCGAAAGACUAACAGGCAGCCAAUCAAAUUCUGCUCUUUCCUCGGAAGUCAACCUGGAUUACUAUACUCGAAUAGCUAGUGAUCUUGAGCCUGAUCUUGCAAAUCGCGAUAAGCAUCAAUCAGACGUCAAUCACGCGUAUGAAUCAAGCAGAUGGCCACUUGUGCAGUAUACAAAUGGUAUGAGGGUGUUAAUGGGGCCUGUGUCAUUCACACAUGAGGGGCCAGAGGGAGAGGUUCAGGCUAGUCGACUGCAGGUACCAUUGAUACUUGCUUGGGCACUGACAGUCCAUAAAUCUCAAGGCCAAACACUUGAUCGUGUCAAGGUAGAUUUGAAUGGAAUAUUUGAGAAGGGCCAAGCAUAUGUCGCGCUCUCUCGUUGUACUUCUUUGGAAGGCCUGGAAGUGCACAACUUUAUCCCCGAAGUUGUGAUGGCCCAUCCCGCGGUAUUGAACUGGUCUCGCUCCUUGCCCUCCUACCUACCAUCUGGAUCGGCUGUCCCUGACUCCCAUGAAUGCAUGGAUGAACCGGAUUCCGAUGAAGAACGGCUGGCAAUUGAGAUGUAUCAUAAUCUAUGA